AUGGAAUACCCUGUCCCCUCUGGGGUGAAGGUCAUCCCCUCCGAUCUUCUUGAUCUCCGCCCCGAUGCCGAGAUCGACGUUGAGCUGCAGAACCCACCUCCGGUGACAGGGGUUAAGAACAUCUGGUUCUUCUGGCACUCAGGCUACACACACAUGCACCCAUACAGCCAACGCAACGUGCGGGCCUGGCACCGCCGGUUCAGCAAGCAUGGGUGGACGGUGCGCGUGAUUGACCGACAGCCCGAUUCAAAGAGCAACAUCUCGCAGUUUCUCGAUCCCGCCGAUCCGAGCCUGUUCCCGCGCGCGUUCGCAGAGGGAACCAUCACCGGCACGUACGGUCUACAACACACCUCGGAUCUGGUGCGGUGGCCGCUGCUGCUGCGCUACGGCGGCGUCUACGCCGACGUGGGGAUGAUGCAGAUUGGCGAUCUCGACCGGCUAUGGAGCCAGACGGUGGCGGAUCGGUCAUCUCCCUACGAGAUCCUCACGUACAACACGGGGGGGGUAGAGGAGCGGUCGCUGACGAAUUAUUUCCUGUGCGCGAUGCCCGAAAAUGCUUUAUUCGCGCGGUCGCAUCAACUUCUUCUCGCUCUAUGGGCGGCUGACGGCGGCAAGACCAGCACCGAAGGGAUGCACGCUUCUCCGUUGUUAAGAGAGCUGCCCCUGAUGGGCGGGGCGUUCACCAUCACCGAAGACGACGGAACGGUCAUCGAUGCAGAAGAGACAAGCCGUCUGCUCACAGACUACAUCAUCCAGGGCCAGGCGAUGACGCUGGUGAUGGGCUUGGUCGACGCCGCGGAGGGAUGGGACGGUCCGACCUACGUAGCGGAACAUGUCUACGCGAUCGAGUUCAUGGAGGGAUCGCAACUGAUCAACCAGCUCACGGACUGGGACGGGCAAAAGGCGUUCGAUCUCAUGUCGUUACGCAUGCCGGAAGAGCAAGGAGAAGAAUCCAACGAGCAACGACAGGCCCGCGCUAUCGUCGAAGGCUGCCUAUCCCGCAGCUUCGGGUUCAAGCUUGCCCAUGGCCUGAUUCUACGAGUUCACAAGGCGACGCUCGGUUCGCUAUGGCGCGAUCAGCCUGGCUCUGACAUCGUGCCGGGGACGUACGCGGCCUGGCUACGGUAUGGAAUCGUGCAUUGGGCUCCAGAGUAUAUUGCCCCGAGGUUGCCUUUUACUGUACUUCCGCCUAUGAAGGUCGGGAAUUUAUUAGAAUAG